AUGAAAAUUGCGGCAUAUGUUUUUGACAAUUAUGCAACAAUUGCUUUUACUGUUAUAAUGUCUAUUUGGAUGACUGUAUUUGUUGAAUUAUGGAAAAGAUAUCAUGCAGAAUUGGCUUAUAAAUGGAAUGUUUUGGGGUAUGAACCUGAUGAAGAAGUUAUUAGACCAGAAUAUCAAUAUUAUAAGAGAGCAAAAAUGAAAAUUAAUAGAGUGACGAAAGAAGCGGAGCCUUAUAUUUCACUUGCAGAAAAAGCUCUUCGUAUUUUUGGAUCGGCUAUAACUGUUUUAUUUUUUAUUUGUUUGGUCAUUGCCCUCUUAUUUGGAAUUAUUGUUUAUAGAAUAAUUGUAAGAGGUGUUUUUAAUGCUAGAGAAAACAGCGAAUUUAUUCAAUCGCAAGCAGUUAUAUUUACUUCCGCCACAGCUGCUUUAAUUAAUUUAAUAUUUAUUAUGAGUAUGAAUUAUUUUUAUAAUAAAUUGGCUUAUAAAUUAACAAAUUGGGAAUAUCCUAGAACUCAAAGUGAAUUUGAUAAUUCUUUUACAUUUAAAGUCUUUCUUUUUCAAUUUGUCAAUUUUUAUUCAUCAUUGUUUUACAUUGCAUUCUUUAAAGGAAGAUUUGCAGGUAUUCCAGGAACUCCCACAAAUUCAACAGGAGGAUAUGCAGAUCCACAUGAACUCAAAGUUGGAAAUAUUCGUUUAGAGAGGUGUGAGGCUGCUGGUUGUAUGGUGGAAUUGAUGAUUCAAUUAAUUGUUAUUAUGAUUGGGAAACAAGCAAUUAAUGGAUUUAUUGAAUUGGCAUAUCCAAUGGUUUGUUAUUGGUUUAGACGUUGGAGACUUUCAAAGCCUGAAACUGAACAACAAAAAAUUGAAAGAAUUAAAAAAGAGAAGGAAAAUUCGCCUGAUUCUAAUGUUUGUUUGUGUGAAAAGGAUUAUGCCUUAAACCCCGUCUCUCAACAAUUUCUUUUUGACGAAUAUUUAGAGAUGGUUAUACAACUUGGAUUUUGUACAUUAUUCGUGGCAGCAUUUCCUCUAGCUCCACUUUUAGCUUUAAUUAAUAAUAUUUUCGAAAUUCGUUUUGAUGCUUAUAAAUUUAUUGUGACUAUGAGAAGACCUGUACCUGCACAAUCUAGAAAUAUUGGUGUUUGGCUUACAAUAAUAAAUAUGCUUUCAAAUAUUGCUGUAUUAUGCAAUGCUUUUGUAAUUGCUUUUACUUCUGAUUUUAUACCUAAAAUUUAUUAUAGAAUGACACAAGGGACUUUACACGGUUAUGUAAAUGAAACACUUUCUUAUUUUGAUUCUUCAAAAUUAGAAUUUGAAAAAUCUGGGUAUCCAACACAAAAUUAUUGUAGAUAUUGGGAUUUGAGAAGACCUCCUUGUUCUCUCGAAAAUUAUAAUUUUACAUUUGAUAUUCCUUGUGCUGAAAAUUAUGAAUUUACUGAUAGUUGGUGGAUUAUUUUGGCUUUUAGACUUGCUUUUGUUUUGGUUUUUGAAUUAAUUGUACUAACUAUUAAAGCAAUGUUUGCUUAUAUAAUACCAGAUAUGCCUACAGAAAUAAUUAAACAACUUAGAAGAGAACGAUAUUUGAUGAGACAAGCAGUUCUUCAAAGAAGAGAUUCUUUAGAAAUAGAUAAUACAACAGAUGAAACAAAUUCGAAUUCUUCUGAUAUUUUGGGUGAUUUUGAGGAUGAAGAAGGAGAGGAGGAGGAAAAAGAAGAAGAUAAAAAUAAUUUAAAACAACAACAAUUAUCAACAAAUUUUCAAAAAGAAGCAAAAGAAUUUGAUGCAAUGAAAAGAUUAUUUUCAAAAAAGAAAAGACCUUCAAUGCCAAUAACAACAACAAAACAAGAAGAAAAUAUUAAUCUGGAGGAUAUUGAAAAAACUUUACCUUCAACAAAUACAUCAGAAAAUAACAACAAAAACAACAAAUUACUCAAUAAAUGGCCCUCUCCCUCAAUGCUUGUUGUUCCCCCUCCAACUUUUGAAAUGAAAACAGCAAAAUCUAAAAGCAAAAGUAGUCGAGAAACGUCAACAACAAGUCAAAAAAGCAGCGAAAUUGACAGAGAAUAA